AGCAACCGUAGAUGAACUUGCAGCAGGACCCACAAAUAAUGAUCCGAACCAGCAAACCGAGCGAACAACUACCCUUCCCCCGCCUCCUCUGAUCGGGCCCCAGCACCAACAACCGGAGACACCACCGCAAAUGCCUCCCCCGAAAAAACUUGCGAAGGUUUUGAUCGGGGUGCACAGUAAAAGGCUGUAUCAUAUGUAAAAACGUCCCCACCCCAUAGUCAAGUUGGGAACUUAGCAACACAAAUCCAGAACUCUUGGUAGCCACGCAUGACAAGUUGCAGUCCGUAGUGUAGUGCAUGUUAGCAAGGACAACCGCAUCACAAAUCCAUCUGCUUAUCGUGUUUGCAGCAUUACGAAUUCCAAAACACGACUGGCAAUGCAUCUCCUGGAGAUGCGUAUUACAAAUCUUCCUGUAAUCGCAAAUCUGCAUGACAACUUUGGGGUGGGGACAUUUUCACUCAGGAUAGGCUGCACGACUGCGUCAACGUGAACACCGUCCGCUGGUGGAUGGCGAAGCUGCACCAGUUAUGCAUUGCAAAAGUGUCGUACUCGUAUUGCAGUCAUGCAUUACAAAUCUUUUUCUUAAGGUAGAUCCGCAUUACAAAUGUUAUUUCUCAUGCUGUUUUAAUGCAUUUAGACGAGUCCAAUAAUUUUGCAACGCAUACCAGUUCCGGACCGACAAAAAGAAGCUGAAAGAGAUCCUGUUCUACAUGCCGGACACGGUGUGGAACUUUAUGGCGACCGACUCGGCAGACGAACGGUGGUCGCGGCCGAUCUGGGACCCGUUUUUUGUGAAAGCUACCCUCAAAGUCCCGGACACCAAUUUGUACAGUGAGAAGCAACUUAUUCUAGCCACCAAAGGAACUUCCUUUACCGACCCGUUUACCGGCUCCAGCG